AUGGGUUCCCCGAUGGCCGCUGCCCGGCCUCUCCGGCUCUCCGCGGCCUGCGCCCGGAUGAUGCCGGCGGCCCGGGCCGGAGCCUCCGCCGGGAGAAGCCUGAACGUCCAGACGACGACUGAGGCGGGUGGGCUGAAGAGCAUCAGUGACCUCCCGGGGCCGAGCACUUCCACCACUCUCUACUGGUUAUUUGUCAAAGGAUAUGCGGAAAACGGCCACCUGCUGCAGGGUCUACAGAAAAGUCUGUACGGGCCCAUUUGGCGCUCCAGGUUCGGCCCGUUCGACCUGGUCAACGUGGCGACUCCGGAGCUCAUAGCUCAGGUGAUCCGACAGGAGGGUCGCUACCCGGUCCGGAUCGAGCUGCCGCACUGGAAGGAGUACAGGGAGCUGAGGGGACAGGCCUACGGUCUGCAUGUGGAAUCAGGACCAGAGUGGUACCGGAUCCGCAGCGUCCUGAACCCCAAGAUGCUGAAGCUGCAGGAAGUGUCGGCUUUUGCCCCCACCAUCCACCAGGUGGUCGGAGAUCUGCUGCAACGCAUCGAGCUCCUCCGCAGUCGCAGUCAGGACCAGGCUACAGUUUCAGAUCUGGCGGCAGAGCUCUACAAGUUUGGCUUUGAGGGUAUCUCCUCAAUCUUAUUUGAGACCAGGCUGGGCUGCCUGCGGGAGGAGAUUCCCAAAGACACGCUGCGCUUCAUCGCCGCUGUCAACAACAUGCUGUCGAUUUCUGAUAUGGUGAUCCUUUUCCCACGCUGGGCCCGUAGCAUCCUCCCCUUCUGGAAACGCUUUGUUCAGGCUUGGGACGACCUCUAUGACGUAGCCCAGACCCUCAUCAACAGGAGAGUGGCUGAGAUCGAAGCCCAGGUGCGCAGUGACGGGCCGGCAGAGGGCCUGUACCUGACCUACCUGCUGUCGUCUGACAAGCUGAACAGAGCCGAGGUCACCAUCAGCAUCACAGAGCUGCUGCUCGGAGGAGUCGACACGACGUCCAACACCUUGUCGUGGACGUUGUACCACUUAGCGAGGGACCACAGGGCUCAGGAUCGACUCUACAGGGAGGUGAACUCUGUGUGUCCCGACAGACGGGAGCCGACCGCAGACGACCUGAUCCGGAUGCCCUACCUGAAGGCCGUCAUAAAGGAGACGCUACGCCUUUAUCCCGUGGUACCUGGAAAUGGACGCUUUAUUUCAGAGAACGAGGUGAUCGUGGACAACUACUGGUUCCCAAAGAAGACGCAGUUCCACCUGUGUCAUUACGCGGCCUGUCACGAUGAGGCGGAGUUUGCCAACGCGGAGAACUUCAUCCCGGAGCGUUGGCUCCGCGCCGAGAGUCCCGGCAGUAGCUGCGGCAAGGCGGCGCGCGGCUUCUACCAGCACCACCCGUACAGCUUCAUCCCGUUCGGCGUCGGGGUGCGAGCCUGCGUGGGGAAGAGGGUGGCGGAGUUGGAGAUGUAUUUCGCUCUGUCCCGGCUGAUGCAGCACUACAAGGUCCAGCCUGAAGACGCUUCCCCGACCGUGGAGCCCAAAACCCGCAUCCUGCUGAUCCCCUCAAAGCCCAUCAACCUGCGCUUCCUGCCCAGAGCCUAACGGUGGCAGGGCGGGUGUUUAACCCCCCCCCCCCAGGUCUCUUCCUGUUUAUGUUUAAAUGCACAACAUAAUGUUGUAGUUCAGUUAAAGAGCUGAUAGGACCAGCACCACUCAGACCAGAAAUCCUUUGCACUGCAGCGAUGUGGCUAGCCAAUCACAGCUCGGCCUGAAAGAAAACUGUGUGUUGUUUUUUAUAAUUGUGACGGCGCGAAAGCGCGAGUCGCUUUCACGUAAGUGUCUUAACAGCAAACGUCUGCCUGCAUCGUCAAAUUACAAGUCACAGGCUCAAAGCACUAAUUCAAGGGAGCGAAUGAAGCUUCAGGUGACUAAUUGAAUAAGAAUCGAGACGAGAGAAACCAUUGGGAACAGAGGAAGUGUCCUGAAACCCAUAAUAUUUACAGAAACAUGAGCAAGUUUUGGAAUAAGAAGAAGUCAGAUGGUCUGGUUAGACGGAGCCCGUCUCCCUUCAGGAUUGUGUUAGUCCCUGUCCUCAUUCAAGGUGAGGUGCGUCAGCAUUUUUUUUU